AUGCCUCCAAGACGUGACAAUACUAACAACCAUCAGGUGGAUCAAAUGGCCCAAGCUAUGGCCAAUAUGGCAGCCGCUGUCACCGCUCAAACUGCUGCUAAGAACCUUCGAGAUUUGGAGAAGCGAGACAGAGAGAUAAGAGCCGCAGAAUCAAGAGGAUUAACCGAGUUUCGCCGCCAUGAUCCACCUAAAUUCCAAGGAGAUGUUACUCCCGAGAAGGCCGACUUAUGGUUACAAGAGAUUGAAAAGAUCUUUGAGGUAAUCAAUUGUCCUCCAGGGGCAAGGGUGUUGUACGCCACGUACCUUCUCUUAGGCGAUGCAGAGUAUUGGUGGAGAAGCACUAGAUUGAUGAUGGAGGGCGCACAUGAAGAAGUGAAUUGGGAAGCCUUUAAGACAAAGUUCCUAGACAAAUACUUUCCCAUAAGUGCGAGGACCAAAUUGGGAGACGAUUUUCUGAAACUUCGACAAGGGGGUAUGACUGUAGGAGAAUAUGCCGCCAAGUUUGAGACCUUAUCCAGAUAUUUUCGAUUCUUCAGGGAAGGAGUGGAUGAAGCCUACAUGUGUCACCGUUUCCAAGAAGGACUCAAGUACGAACUACAAGACUCAGUGGUACCCUUAGGGAUACAACGUUUUCAACCAUUGGUGGAGAAAUGCAGAGAGGUGGAGGAAAUGAAGAAUAAGGGGACAAAUCGCGGGGCGGUCCAGAACUCUGGAGGGCCUAAUCGUCAAAAUUUUCAGAAUCAAGGACGUAAUAGACAACAGAUGCGGCCAUACCAACGACCACACUAUAACAACCGAGGACCUCAACGAACAGAAAAUCAUAAAGGAGGAGGAACUCAAGCUGCCCCAGGGGUGCGUUGUUACCAGUGUGGCGAAGGUGGGCAUUAUGCGAAUGAAUGUCCUAAUAGGGGUCCUACCUGCUUCAAAUGCAACAAACGGGGUCAUAUGGCGAAGGAUUGUAGAACUCCAAAAGAAGAGUUAGCUGUUAACGCUGUUAUAACCGCCCGACCAACUGCUCAAGGGCGAGUGUAUUGCAUGGGUGCAGAGGGAAAAUCUCCGACCAACAACUUGAUCCAGGGGAAUUACGAAAUUGAAGGUACCAUUUUAACUGCACUUUUUGAUUCUAGGGCAACACAUUCAUUCAUAUCCCAGGAUUGCGUUGAUCGAUUGAAAAUGAUAGUAACCCCAUUACCUUUCGACUUGGUAGUGUCUACCCCUGUGUCAUACCCCAAUUUUUGA